AUGAAACGAAUAUCAGAAUAUUCGCCUGCAAAAUCAUAUAAGAGAAGAACAAGUUCAGAAGACAGAAAUAAAAUUGGAAAUACUACCUCUAUUUUGAAAGAAUCUCCAGAAACUGAGUUUAGUUUUCUAGAUUACAAAAGGGAAAUUAAUAAAAUAUUUACUUAUAGUAAUGAUACCAACACUGUAACCAAUAGUCUUGAUGACUUUUGGGUGUUUGUAAAAAAAUAUGAAUCUAUGUUGAAGAAAGCAGGGAAACCUGUGUUUAGUCUUGAAAAUGAAGAAAACAGUAAUUGUGAAUCAGAUACGUUAAAAUUUUCAAAAUUUGAUUGCAUUAAUUUUAGCACUAAUAUAAAAUUCAUGGACAAUGUUUGUGACAAUAGAGUUAAAAAGAAACUUGAUAAAAAAAUAUUCGAUGCAAUUUUGAAUGUUGUGUCUAUAUACUUAGAUUUUAAAAAUAAGGAGAAACUUGACAAAUUAAAAAAGUUGAGGCAAACUCAAAAAGAUUUGCCUGUUGCAAAAUAUAGGGGUGAAAUUCAAGCAGCAGUGAAAAAUGAAAAAGUUGUGAUUGUUGCUGGUGAUACAGGUUGUGGGAAGUCAACACAGGUACCUCAGUAUUUGCAUGAUGCUGGUUUCGAAAAUAUUGCAUGUACUCAACCAAGAAGAAUUGCUUGUGUGUCAUUAUCAAAGCGGGUUGCUUUUGAGACUCUUACACAAUUUGAAAGUAAAGUUGGAUAUCAGAUAAGGUUUGAGAAGAGCAAAUCUGCCGAUACAAAAAUAUGUUUCAUUACUGAAGGGCUGCUGUUGCGACAGAUGUCAUCAGAAAAUCUGCCAAACUAUGAUGUUAUUAUAUUAGAUGAGAUACAUGAAAGACAUUUAAUGGGAGACUUUUUGCUUGGCGUACUCAAGUGCCUAAUACAUAGCCGUAAUGAUAUAAAGUUAGUGCUUAUGUCUGCUACAAUCAAUAUAAAACUUUUUGAAGAUUACUUUUCUGCAGAAUCAGCUGUUGUUAUUCAAGUGCCAGGAAGACUGUACCCCAUAGAUUUACAUUAUAAACCGAUAUUUAUAGAAGACAAACCAACAAGAGACGACAGGCUUGAUCCACAGCCAUAUGUUCAAAUAAUGCAGCUAAUAGACAGCAAAUAUCCAAGUGAUGAAAGAGGCGACCUGUUAAUAUUUAUGUCGGGUGUGCAGGAAAUUACUUCAAUUUGUGAUGCAGCACAACAGUAUGCAGAGAAAACAAAGAAAUGGAUAGUUCUCCCUCUUCACAGUGGUCUAUCGCUCAUCGAGCAAGAUAAAGUUUUCGAUUAUCCUCCAGAAGGCGUUAGAAAGUGCAUAGUUUCGACCAAUAUAGCAGAAACUUCUGUCACUAUCGACGGAAUAAGAUUUGUAGUGGAUUCUGGCAAGGUCAAAGAAAUGAGUUACGAUUCGUCUACAAAAAUGCAAAGGCUAAAAGAGUUUUGGAUAUCCAAAGCGAGUGCAGAUCAAAGAAAGGGUCGAGCUGGUAGAACAGGUCCGGGCGUAUGUUACCGUAUUUAUUCGGAACAACAGUACUCUGAUAUGGAGCCGUUUAGCACACCGGAAGUGAGCAGGGUGCCUCUAGCUUCGCUUUUGCUGCUGAUGAGUUCUUUGGGUGUGAACGAUGUCCGUCGGUUCCCGUUUCUCGACUCGCCGCCAGAAGAGGCAAUUGAAAAUGCACUUUUAGAACUAAAACAGCACGGAGCGUUAUCGUCAAACGAGAAGCUCACAUCCCUUGGCAAGGCUUUGGCCAAUUUGCCAGUUGAAGUAUCGCUGGCUAAGGCACUUGUGAUCGGGAGCGCCACUCUGCCGCCGCACAAACGGGACUCCGCUCUCGCCCUCACCGCUGCCCUAGGAAUUCGAUCGAUUUUCACCACAAGGGCUCACAGGGACUUUGAAUGUGAGAAUGCAAGAAAACCGGACGAGUCCGACCACGGGGACCCAUUGACGCUUCUGUCGUUGUAUUGUGCUUGGUUGAGCGUCAAAGCUGAAGGGAGAGGCGGUCGGGACUGGUGUCGACGAAGAGGGAUCGAGGAGCAGCGCUUCUAUGAGUUGACCAAGUUGGCAGCACAGUUGCGUGGAUUGCUACAGGACAACAACUUGAUGGAAAGCCCGGAACCGGAAAAUAUGUCAUCGGCAGAACGAGCACUGCGACACGGACAAAUGAAACAACUAAAAGACAUGAGAAGACAGUACAAACAAAAAGCCGUCGAGGAGUCGAAACGCAGGAAACGUCUCAAAGUCGACUCCUGGGAGAUCGUAGACGACAAAUUAGACGAGGACAAUGUACUGGACAUUCGGGAUAUAGAGUUCCGUAUGACGAACGACGCGCAGAGAAUUAGGGCCUUGAUAUCCGGCGCCAGUGCGUCUAGUGGCCGAGAUCUUAUUACGUUAAAGAUUGUACUGUGCAGAGCACUGUAUCCUCAAGUGGCAAUAGCAGACGAAUUCAACCAUUGCAAGUCAGUUUCGGAGCAACUUUACCACACGUGGAGCAAACCGUUCGUGUUCCUCCACCCGACGUCGCACUUCGGCAAGCAUCCGAAGACAUUGCAGCUGACCGAAGCGGACAUACAGACGGAACUGCCUCCAGGAUAUAAGAGCAAGCUCCCAGUGUCGGCUAGGCAUCAAUUGCUCUGUUAUUUAUCCCUAUUGGAAACAACGAAACCGUAUAUAGUUAACUCAAUGCGAAUGCCUGCAGCACAGACCUUAUUGCUUCUGUCGCAUUCUAUUGACACCAACAUGGGGUUUACAAGGAUAGUGUGCGAUUCGUGGUUACUUCUUGAGUUUCCCUAUCCGGAGACUGGUCUGAACUUACUAUUGAAAGCGGCGAAGCUUCGUCAAAGAUGGGACGCUCUGAUUAAUCGAAGGCUUGCAGAUGCAAACCCAAAUAAAUCAGUAGAAACUGAGUUACAGAAAUCAAAACAAACCACAAAAACUUCCUACGAACAACUACAACAUGAGCUGUCUUGUGACAUCAGCUCGUAUAUGAAUUGCGACGUAUAUUAUACUAUAAAGAGAUUAUUACCGGGUGAUCUGAAAGUGCUUUACUGUGGUGGUGAGGAGGCGCAUCCGAAUAUCGACCCUAACCCAUUCGAACAAGGCUUUGAAUGCCGUGCGCAUGAGAAGAAAGGCGGUGUUUAUGUAACCGAUAACAUUGUUUAUAAUUGUGUGCUCGACACGGAUUGGAGUUACAAUAGCUAUCAAGAAAUAUAUGGUGUUGCUUGGACUUGUCCCGAUUGUGAUAUGGCGCUGUGUUUGUCACCGCUGGAACGGCUUCAGCAUAAAAGUUUUAUGUGCUCUUCUCGAACAGAAGAGAAAAAAGUGGAAGUUACUAAAACGCCAAGAGAGAAUAAACCUAACGCCAAAGAGUAUAAAUGCGAAAUUUGUAAUGAAAUUUUGUAUAUGACACCUGUUGAAAUACUUAAACACAAAAAGAAUUGUAAAAGUAAAUAG